GCGGGGCCUGGCAUCGAUUGCUCCGCGUUCCUCUAGGCACCCGUCGCGAUCAGCCGAGUCAGAAGUGAUCGAUGCUCUCGGUGUAGUCGGUGAUAAAGCCAGCCGAAGAAUCUUCGCCCGGACGGAACCAGUCGUCGCCAGCAACGAGAGACACAAACAAGUCCAAGCGCCAGAGAGAAGGCAAAGUGUGACGCCAGCCCAGCUCCUGAUGUCAUGUUAGAGCGGAUGGUACCCAGGCUCCGCUGCCCACCUCUGCAGUACUUCAAGCAGCAUUUUCUAGUUCCUGGGAGGCCUGUGAUCUUGGAAGGUGUGGCCGACCACUGGCCGUGCAUGAAGAAGUGGAGUCUGCAGUACAUCCAGGAGAUUGCUGGCUGCCGCACCGUCCCCGUGGAAGUGGGCUCAAGGUACACAGAUGAAGACUGGUCCCAGACUCUCAUGACAGUCGAUGAGUUCAUCCAGAAGUUCAUCCUGAGCGAGGCAAAGGAUGUCGGGUACCUUGCUCAGCACCAGCUCUUCGACCAGAUCCCAGAGUUGAAGCGGGACAUCAGCAUCCCUGAUUACUGUUGCCUGGGCAAUGGAGAAGAGGAAGAGAUCACUAUCAAUGCCUGGUUUGGUCCACAAGGCACCAUCUCCCCACUGCAUCAGGACCCCCAGCAGAACUUCCUGGUCCAGGUGCUAGGAAGGAAGUACAUCCGAUUGUAUUCGCCGCAAGAGUCUGAGGCAGUGUACCCUCACGAGACGCACAUUCUUCAUAACACCAGCCAGGUUGAUGUGGAAAACCCCGACCUUGAGAAGUUUCCCAAGUUCACUGAGGCCCCAUUCCUGUCCUGCAUUCUGUCCCCAGGAGACACCCUCUUUAUACCUGCUAAGUACUGGCAUUAUGUGCGCUCCCUGGACCUGAGCUUCUCUGUCAGCUUCUGGUGGUCAUAGCUAGGACCAGACUGGAAAGGACCUCUGGGCAGACACCUUACCCAAAGGCAGUAAACCAAGUGUCAGUGUGGGCCCUGCAUGCCGCUAGACUCCAGCAGCCCUGCCCCCAGCCAAUGUCUGUUGUGUGACAGAGCUGCUAUGUACCCACGUGUGGCCCACCUGCUGUGUGUGCCCGCGUGUGUAGGGCAGAGCUGCUACAUGUACCUAAGCUAUCCAGAUUAUGGGUGCUUUUUUUCCUUUGUAACUGCUGGGCUGAGUAUCCCUUGCUGCUAGGUGCCCAAGGGCAGCUGGCAAGCUGCUCAGAGACAGAACACAACCUGUAAUAGGGGUUUUCUUGGGUGGAAUAUAGCCGGGUCUGGGACAGCUGCUGUGGUCCCAGUCUUCUGUGUACCCAGGCCUCACUGCCAGCUUACUACUAGGAGUUGGAAACAGAGGUCCUUGGCUCCAUACUUCCCCUCGGGGCACUUAUGCACCAGGCUGGAAGAGGAGGGCAGCGGAACUACUUUGUUGUGAAUGUGGGGAAUACAGAGAAGAGCGAGGUCUUCCCAGAAUAUAUAGGAGCGGCCUUUUACAAGGAAGCCCCUGCCCCCAAGCCUCCUUGAUGAAGAGAUGGUUCUUACGUUCAAACUGUUUUAGUUGAUGGCGGAUGUGCAUGCACACACCUUACUCAGGGUGAAUCAAGGAGUAAAUACCUCUUGUGGGAAGGACUGCCCAGGAAGGGAAGCUCAUUGGCUGAACACUCGGGGCCCACUUAGAUACCACAUUACCAUGGAGAACUCCAGGUUUUUAUGUUACAAGACUGACUGUCACCGUCCUCUCAGUGGGGUGUCAUGUUCCAGAUCAGGUAGUUUGGCAGGGAGCUGGCUCUACUCCAGCUGUUCUCAAUUCUGAGAUUUCCCCAGUCUGAGCCUGCUCAACCUUACCAGUUCUUCUGUCUGGUGGCCCGGUCCACUUGCCCCAUAUGUAACUUAAAUAUUUUCAAUAACAAUAAAAUAUAUUUUAUUAAUUAAAAAACAAACAAAAAGAAACAUUUCUUUAACCAGACUCCCCUGCUGUCUGUGGGUGGGGCAGGCAACAAAAGAGGCAUUGGGAAAGGAAGAGAAGCCUGGACCCUGGAAAGGAGACACCCACAUCUGUGGACUCUGUGGGAAGUGCUGAAGGAGGCCGAGCCACAUGUCACACAAGAGGCUGGCUCAGAGAAUCAGAGGUCAGUCUGUCAGGACCAUUGAUGAACUGGUAGCCAGGCAGGAUCUGAGUCUUACGGCCUAGGGGCCUGCACAGUGAAAAGGAGGCUGGCUGUAACUAGCUCAGUGAACAGGAGGCUGGCUGUAACUAGCACAGUGAGCAGGAGGCUGGCUGUAACUAGCACAGUGAGCAGGGGGCUGGCUGUAACUAGCACAGUGAGCAGGAAGCUGGCUGUAACUAGCACAGUGAGCAGGAGGCUGGCUGUAACUAGCACAGUGAGCAGGAGGCUGCUGUAACUAGCACAGUGAGCAGGGGGCUGGCUGUAACUAGCACAGUGAGCAGGGGGCUGGCUGUAACUAGCACAGUGAGCAGGGGGCUGGCUGUAACUAGCACAGUGAGCGGGAGGCUGGCUGUAACUAGCACAGUGAGCGGGAGGCUGCUGUAACUAGCACAGUGAGCAGGGGGCUGGCUGUAACUAGCACAGUGAGCAGGAGGCUGGCUGUAACUAGCACAGUGAGCAGGAGGCUGCUGUAACUAGCACAGUGAGCAGGAGGCUGGCUGUAACUAGCACAGUGACCAGGGGGCUGGCUGUAACUAGCACAGUGAGCAGGAGGCUGCUGUAACUAGCACAGUGAGCAGGAGGCUGGCUGUAACUAGCACAGUGAGCAGGAGGCUGCUGUAACUAGCACAGUGAGCAGGGGGCUGGCUGUAACUAGCACAGUGAGCAGGAGGCUGGCUGUAACUAGCACAGUGAGCGGGAGGCUGGCUGUAACUAGCACAGUGAGCAGGAGGCUGGCUGUAACUAGCACAGUGAGCAGGAGGCUGCUGUAACUAGCACAGUGAGCAGGAGGCUGGCUGUAACUAGCACAGUGACCAGGGGGCUGGCUGUAACUAGCACAGUGAGCGGGAGGCUGGCUGUAACUAGCACAGUGAGCAGGAGGCUGGCUGUAACUAGCACAGUGAGCAGGAGGCUGCUGUAACUAGCACAGUGAGCAGGAGGCUGGCUGUAACUAGCACAGUGACCAGGGGGCUGGCUGUAACUAGCACAGUGAGCAGGGGGCUGGCUGUAACUAGCACAGUGAGCAGGAGGCUGGCUGUAACUAGCACAGUGAGCAGGAGGCUGCUGUAACUAGCACAGUGAGCAGGAGGCUGGCUGUAACUAGCACAGUGACCAGGGGGCUGGCUGUAACUAGCACAGUGAGCAGGAGGCUGCUG